AUGAUGAGAUGGGCCUUGACAAAAUCAGGGCUAGAGAUUAAACGAAGUCAGAAUUUGGAAACACACCUGAAUUUCACAAGUGAUUUUACCAGUAGCUUAACUAGGAUUUCAUUGAUAAGUUCUGUUGGCGGAAUAGGGAAUUCAAAGCUUAAGGGUGUGUUUGAACUCGUCGUUGAAAUCCUCUUAAAGCUUCCAAUAAAAUCCCUCUUGAAAUUUAAAUGCGUUUCGAAAUCUUGGCUCGCUUUAAUCUCUAGCUCUGAAUUUGUCAAAACUCAUCUCCGUUUAAAUGCUAAUAACAAGGAAUACACUCACCAUAAGGUUAUGAUGAGAUGUAUUUCUAACUAUGGUUUUAAAAGUUGUAGUCUUACCUCUUUAUUUAAUGAGUCUCGUGUUACUGAGGCAAAAGAUUUGGAUUAUCCCACCAAAUCCUAUGGAUUGGAGCGAGAUCGAUAUGAUGUUUUUAUUGUAGGUUCUGUCAAUGGAUUGAUUUGUCUUGUCAAUGACGACAAGGAAUUGCUUCUAUGGAAUCCGUCAAUUAGGAAGUACAAGAAAUUGCCUUAUCCUAAAACAUCUCUGCCUCUGCAAGGUGAUCCCAGGCGAGCAUAUGGUUUUGGAUAUGAUGAGGUCCAUGAGGAUUACAAGGUAGUUAUUUUCAACGAGAUAGAAACUAACAUGAUUCGUGAGUUUGAGGUCAAAAUGUAUAGUCUGAAGAGUGAUUCUUUGAGGGUAGGAGUAUUAGGAAGUGAUCUUUCUGUCCUUUGUAAUUGUAACAUGCUUCUCGUAGAUGUUUGA